UCUUCUCUAGUUUUCUGGACUGGAUGGUGGAAGCAGAAAGGCAGAGUGGGAAGCAGCUGAAGCUUCCAUCAUAGUGACUCUGAGGACUGUCAACUUCUCCUAGGGCAGAUUACCCCCCAGUGCGCCAAACGCCAUAGCUCACUCGUUAAGCUACGGAAUCGAGUGAUUCAACUUGCAGUGGAAAGCUGACGCUGCCAGCUACAACAUAUCCGAUUUUCAGAUCGUUUCAUCGAUUGGAGUUUUUGAUAUAGCUAUUCGAAGGUCGCGAGUUUUCUGGGCGUCAUAACGAAGUGCUGCAGAAAUUUCCAAGGAGCCAUUGAAUCAUCUGCUUAUAGCCUUCUCUAACCAACAUAAAAUACUACCUAGAAGUAAAUGGGGCUGAGCCUUGGGAUGUGCAUGGUGAGCAAGGAUGUGAAGAGGAAGGUGGUGGUGACCAGAGAUGUGAUAUUCUAUGAGAAUGUCACCUACUUGAAAUGGAAAAGGGUGAGUUCGGACAUUGGUAACAGCCAGGGAAGCAGCUAACCUAGAGAAGGUAGAAGGGCUGCUGGAGGAGACAGCGAUUGAAGGAAUUGGAGAGGAAUUAGGGGAGAUUGGAGAAGAAGCAGCACAUACAUGGUGGGUGUGGGAGCUUCCAGAGGAAAGGGCCACAGAAGGGAGAAAGGGGAUGGAAAAGGUGAGGCAGCAGGAGAUAGAGCCAGGGGAGAAGGAUGCAAUGGCAGAGGUGGAGAUGGCACAUAGGGAGAGUGAGCAGGGAUGAACUGCACAGGAUGACCAUGAUCCAUGGAAGCUACUAGAUAUUGCAGAUAACCGUGAAGCAGAGGAGAUUGAGAAGCUAUUAGAGGAUGGAGCAACAGCGAAAGGGGUUCUAGGACAAGACGAGUAAGGGGCAGAUAUCUUCCAUCUAUCUUCCAUCUUCCAUCUUCCAUCUUCCAGGGGAAGUAAAGAAGGUGUGCGAGCACCUAGCUGAAGUGUUCCAGGUGAAGCAGAUUCCGAGGACAACGCUGUUCUGGGGAUUAACCUGGAGAGGAACAGGGAAGAGAGGAAGCUGUCCUUGUAUCAGCAGAAAUACUACAAGAGGGUGGAGCAGAAGUUUGGUCAUGGCUAUGCGAAGGCCAUUACGACAUCUUUGUGGAUUGUAUCUCAUUUAAAGCGAGAGGGGGAGAGAGAGAGAGAGAGAGAGAGAGAGAGAGAGAGAGAGAGAGAGAGAGAGAGAGAGAGAGAGAGAGAGAGAGAGAGAGAGAGAGAGAGAGAGAGUGAGAGAGAGAGAAAGAGAGAGAGAGAGAGAGAGAGAGAGAGAGAGAGAGAGAGAGAGAGAGAGAGAGAGAGAGAGAGAGGGAGAGAGAGAGAGAGGUAGUCUGAGAGAGAAAGAGAACGAGAGAGAUAGAAGACAACGAGAGAGAGAACGAUAGAGAGAGAGAGAGAGAGAAAGAGAUA